AUGAGGGCGAUUCUAUUGCUGCUGAGUGUUGCGCUGGUGAUCGCGGCGGCGGCGGCGGCGACGUCGUCGUCGAAACCCGUCGCCGGACCGUUUCUCACAAGCGACACGGCGCGCUGCUAUUCGUGCAUGUCGAAACUCUACGAGGCGGUCUGGCCGUCACUCUCCGACAUCUACAAGCGACCGAGGAACUUCACUGAUGAUUGUAAUGAUGAUCGAAUCGCCGAGGGACGCGUGCCGAUUGUCCAUUGUCCAACGAUAUGCGUCUCAUUGUUCGAGCAGCCGAACAUCGCCGGCGUCCGAAUCAAAGGCUUCAUUCGGGGAUGCAUGAGCGAUGUGCUCAUCAAUGGCUUCAAUCAGACGAUUGUCACUUGGUAUCGAUGGAUGCACCGCGAUUCGUGUCGGGCCUAUAGAAAACGCGAGCUUUUCAAACUCGCCGACGACACGAUGGACGACGCGACAAUCGACGUGUGCACGUGCUACGCCGACCACUGCAACGGCAAUCAUUCGCCGAGAUUCCCGCUGUCAACAGCACUGUUCACGCUUACCUGGUUCGUUCUACAGCACCUGUGA